GAAGUAGUUUUUUGUUUAUGAUCAGCAUUUGGACAGUUGAACGAAGUCAUUUAUCAAUGUCACACAAUCCCAUUUUUCCAAUAUUUCCCCUUUUGGCCAUUUACGGACCUUCCAAAGCAUCGAGAACUGUGAGGCACCGAGCGACAGUUUUACCAUGUCCUGCCUAACGAGCAUACUGCAGCUGUUGCAAGUGCUGACAACGAUUACGGGUUGCAACAUCUACAAAUAUAUUCCACAAAAGCAGACAUUCCGGCUGAGCUCCCAGUUGAAUUUGGCCGUGGGAGUAUUCCACGGCUUCUGGCUACGACCCUGGCUAUUGACGAUCCUGCUACUCUACUCGAUAUUUUUCAUCCUUGAGUUCAUAGAUGUCCUAGUGAACUUGAAACCGGGCAGUGACAAUGCUCUGAAUCUGUUAUACAUGGCAACGCGUUUUUUUAUAUCCAAUAAUACAAUUUUCAUAAGCUACAGUAUUGCCUAUAGCUAUAUAUAUCAGCGGAAGCAGAUGCGGGACUUACUCAAUAGAUUUGUGCGAAUAUAUUAUAGAUACCGGAGUAUACGUGGACAGGGGCCCAAAAUUAAUUGGGGUUUAUUUCUCAUACACAUAAUGAAAAUGGUUUCCAUAACCACGCGCGGAUCUCUGCUCGGCAUGAUUCCAUUUACGUCCAGUAACUCUAUAUUGUGUACUUAUUUACGUAGCUCGGGGUAUCUUUUCGGCUGCAUUCAGCCUUUUUUUCUGGGACUUACUGCCCACUUGGGUCUUCUGAUCCUCUACUCUUGCUACAAGCUGCCAACAUCUCGUCCUAACCGACAGCAGUUAAUACAAAUGAUUGAUUACUAUAAGAACCUGAUCAAAUUGCGGCGAAAGUUGGAGUCUCUCGUAAGACCCCUGAUUUGGAUCUGUAUGAUGGAUGACUUCAUCUUCUUCGUGAGCUGCCUCCAUCUGUACUUGUUUGAGAAGCGAGUACUGGGUCGCUACCUCUAUGCACUUGUUCUCGCCUUUGCCUAUCCGCUGAGUCUUGUCUACAUCAAUCUGGCUAUCGACUCUGCCCAAAGAGAGUUUGGAAAGUUCAGGGCAAACUUCAAGCCUGAGCGUCAGUUACAAAUGUUUUCGCUAUAUCGAUUGGCCCUACAAAAUGGAAAGGACAAAAGCGAAUUGAAUGUAUUUCGCAUAAAUCGUGGCCAUAUCUUGCAAGUUCUCAGCACGGGCUGGACGUGGGCCAUGUUUUCGAAGAGCAUUUACGUGAAUAGUACAGAAUAUCUCAAACAUAAUCAGAAGCUUAAGGACAGUAGCUGAUUUCGUAUAAGCCAUUGUUGGAGAUGUACUGUAACAGGAUUUAAUUGAGGACUUUUGAAAAGAGUUUUUGUAAUUUUUACAAUGAAUUUUGCAAUUGUAUUCUUUGAUAUACUAAAUAUACAAAUAUAUAAGUAAUG